UUUCUGAAAUAUAGAUUUAAAAUUGUUAACAUAAGACAUUGUUUUUUAAUGUUAUGCUAUGUCGUUUGGCUCUCUAGUUUGAGGAAACUUCUGACACACCCCUUUCUUGGGUAUGUAAGCGGUUCAGCCUCAUUGGAGGAGAUGAGGGGGUAAUUUAGGAGGGACAUUUGUUCAUAAGGAACCAGAGGGUUUCCGGUAUGAAGGGGGUUAAGAAGGGCAAAUGUUACAAGGAAGGUACAGUUUUUUGUUGGACUAAAAAAUAAAUUUAAAUCCUUUACUGGCAGCCUUACUCCCAAUUGAGGGCUUUUCUCUGGUCAUCCUUGGAAAUAUUCCUUUUGGAUUUAUUUGCGACACUUAUAGGGCUUUACGGAUAUAUAUGGAAUCUGAAGUUUUGAACUUCUUAUUUUGGUCUAGGCUCCCAUGCCUCGUUUUCAAUGACCAGUUAUAAAAAGGCUAAAAUUCUGCUUCACAGAAAUGAACUUGAAGCCGCAGAGGCAUGCAGCUGGCUACGGGCGGCUGGCUUUCCACAAUAUGCACAGCUGUAUGAAGGUGGCCAGUUUCCAAUUGACAUCACAGCUGUUAAAAAUGAUCAUGAUUUUUUGGAUGAAGAUUCACUGAAAUCAUUAUGCAGGAGACUGAAAGCUCUGAACAACUGCGCCUCUUUGAGGCUCGAAGUGCAUUUUCAGCCCAAGCAGAGCGAGGACUCAGAGGAUGAUGAUCUCUGUGCAAUAAGUGAUCGGUGGGCAUUUCAGCGGGACAGUAAAAGAUGGUCUAGGUUAAAUACUCUCACGCCACCAAUGACCCCAAAAAUGGGUGUUUCCUCAGCUACUGAGAGGACUUCAGCAAGCUCUGAGAGUAUCUUGAGUGACUUUAGUGACCUUGACACCACCUCAGUCCAGAGCAACAGUAGUCUGAGUAGCAGUACUAGAGGGACAUCUUCCAGUCAGGUGACCAUGACCAAACAACUGACCUCCUCAGACUCCCCUGACAGGUCAACCCACAGCAAUCAAGCAGACAGUUCUUCAAAAGGCCAGUUGUUUGUCGAAGACAAGACGAAGAGGUGCUCCAGAAACAUUUUGAAGAGAAUAGACUCAUUCCGGAAGAAGAAUAAAGAAAGGGAGAAAAUGAUUGUGAAGGAUAAAGAUGUGAAACAAGAGCUUCCGCAAGCUGCUGUUAGUUUGCAUUGUACCCAGACUUUGCCUGGUUUGAAACAAACCUUUCGCGAGAAAAGCAACUUAGAGGACUACAGAAAGGCUUAUACAAUUUGUAGGUCCACUGCAAGACGAUCCUUUACAGAUGAGAGAAUUAAACCAAAAUAUAAGGGAUUCUAUUUGGAGGAUUAUGAGAUGUACCUAAAGGUAGCAAAUUGGACAAAGCACUCAAGCAAACUUGGGAAUAGACAAGAGAGUUGUUUGGUUCAUCUUCCAACUGGCCACAAACCAGGCACCUUUCCCAAGUCACUUUCUAUUGAAAGCUUGUGUCCUGAACAUCAUGACGACUCAAAUGGGUGGCAAAUGGACAACACAGAUAUCUCCAUGGCUAGCACUAGUGAGUCCCAGGACUUUGCAGGGUUUCAACCGAGGAGAAAUUCCUGUACCUCUGUAGGGAGUGUAUAUGAUAAUGUGCCAGAGGCAACAGAAAGUAUUGAAGGCCUUAACUUGGGAGGAGACCAAGUUUUCCAACACCUGGAUGAUAUCCUUGAGCAUGUUCAUGGCCUUCAGCAAAGCAUAGACAUGUGGUCGAGGAGAAUCUGUCUAGACCUGGAAGACAGCGAGCUGGAUGGAAAAUCUGAGGAGCAAGUAGAAAUCGCAUAUCCUUCAAGCCUGCAUUUUGAAGAGCAAUCCAUGUCCGACAUUGGCACAGCAGCAAGUGAUUAUGGCAGUACAGGAAAUUCGCUGAAUGACACGGAGGAUAUUGACAUGAGAGAACGACGAGAUUCUGGAGUGGGUGCCUCUUUAACCAGACCCAGCAGGAAACUGAGGUGGCACAGUUUUCAAAACUCCCAUAGACCGAGCCUGAACUCGGCAUCGCUGGAAAUAAAUCGGCAGUCAGCUGCGCAGCUCAAUCUCCUGCAAAAAUUCUCCUUGCUGAGACUGACAGCAAUUAUGGAGAAAUACUGUGUGGGUAGUAAACUUGCCUGGAGCUGGACUAUUCCGAAGUUUAUGAGGAGGAGCAAGAUUCCAGACUACAGGGACAAAAACGUCUUUGGUGUUCCACCCAUCCUCAAUGUUCAGCGGAGUGGCCAACCGCUGCCUCAGAGCAUUCAGCAGGCCAUGCGCUACCUGCGCAGUCGAUGCUUGGACCAGAUUGGCAUUUUCCGCAAGUCUGGUGUGAAGACCCGGAUCCAUGCUCUGAGACAGCUGAAUGAAAAUUCCCCGGAUCAUGUGAGCUACGAGGGCCAGUUAGCCUAUGAUGUGGCUGACAUGUUGAAGCAGUACUUCAGAGACCUCCCAGAACCUGUCUUUACCAGCAAGCUAACAGAAGCAUUCCUACAAAUUUACCAGUAUGUCCCUAAGGACCAGUGUUUGCAAGCGGCUCAGGCUGCGGUCAUCCUGUUGCCGGAUGAAAACCGGGAAGUGCUCCAGACCCUGCUGUACUUCCUCAGCGACAUCGCCUCUGCUCAAGGCAACCAGAUGACGGCCGGCAACCUGGCUGUGUGCCUGGCCCCCUCUGUCUUUCACCUUAACAUCUCAAAGAGAGAAGGGAAUUCACCCAGGGUGAAGCACAGGAGAGGUGUUGGCAGCAAACCGGAUCAAAGGGAUUUAAAUGAGAACAUGUCUGCUACUGAAGCACUUAGCCACAUGAUUGUGGAAUGUAAGAAGCUCUUCCAGAUUCCACAGGAUAUGAUGCUGCAGUCUCAGAACUCUUAUCUUGCUGCCGACGCUCAGCCUCUUCCCCUCCACGGCAUGGGCAUCAAUCUGAAGGGGGAGCCUGCAGAUUACAGGGCCUAUCUGGAGGACAGUAUUCAGUGCCUGCAACGGGAGAUGACAGAAAAGAGCAAAAAAUGGCAUGUCAAACCCGCCCCUGAGAACACUGAGCUGUCGUACCGGAAGGUUGGAAACGGCCACCCUUUUCGCCUAUGGAAGGUAUCCACAGAGGUUGAGGCUCCACCCACUACUGUGUUGCACAGAAUUUUGCGGGAGCGCCAUCUAUGGGAUGACGACUUAUUGCAUAGCCGCGUGGUUGAGGCACUUGAGGACAACACAGAGGUGUUUCAGUACGUGACUGACAGCAUGGCACCUCACCCUCGAAGGGAUUUCGUUGUAUUGAGAAGGUGGCACACAGACCCAGUGCAGGGGUUCUGCCUCUUGGUGUCCUCCUCUGUGGACCACAACAAAGGACCUCUGGAGGUUGGCCUUCGGGCUGUGCUGCUCACCUCUCGCUGGCUAAUUGAGCCAUGUGGAGCAGGACGUUCAAGGCUGACCCACUACUGCAGGGCUGACCUUAGAGGACGUUCCCCAGAAUGGUACAACAAAGUUUUUGGCUAUCUUUGUGCUGUAGAGGUUGCCAAGAUCCGAGACUCUUUUCCUGUCUUUACAAUUCGAGGACCAGAGACAAAACUGUGAUAGAGAUAUUUUCACUGUAAUUAGGGAUCAAAGUAGCGUUAGCUGUUGGAUCCCUGUUGUUUUUUUGUUUUUUAAAUGCAUUUGUAUUAAGGGCAGCAUAAUUCUACUGAAUAGCCUGAAUAUCCAUCCAUUUUCAGUAGCUGCUUGUCCUGUUCAGGGUUGCGGGGGUCCAGAGCCUAUCCUGGAGGCUAUGGGCACAAGAUAGGGAAUAACCCAGGAUGGGGCACCAACCCAUUGCAGGGCACACUCGCGCACCAUUAACUCACACACUAUUCACUAACACGCCAAUCACUAACACACCAUUCGCUCACACAUUCACUGAAUAGUUUGAAUAAUGCAUUUCAUUUAUUUAGCAGAUACUUUAGUCCCAAGCAGCUUGCACUGUCCCGAAUAAUAUAAUAUCUGCCUGUUAACAGAACAGAAACAGCAGUAAAAUACUAAAAUUGUUUUAGAAAGAGGAAAGUCGAAGGACCGUCUUUAUUCAUGACAUAGUCCACAGUGAUUUUCUGAAGCUUCUGGGUGAUUAGUGAGACACUGUCUGGUUUGAAAAGUGCGUUUACAGACAGCAAGGUACACUGCAGAGAAAUAUUUGCUUUAAUAACAUUGUUAUCUGCUUCCUGAAAAGCUGUUUUUAUGAGUAUGAUAGCUAAACAGAUGUGUAAGACCAUAGUUCUCUUUUAAUUUAAGAAUAUGCCACCAGCAUAUUCAUAUAUUGUCAUUUUCAAAUAUAUACGAGAUCCAUGCGAAGAUGCCGUACAGUCAGUAGAAUAACUCAAGAAAUUGUAAAUUGAGUUGUACAAUUCGUACUACGCUUUAUGUCAGUUGAGUAGAAGUAUCCCUCCGAAAUAUACAUUAUAUAGAGAUUUCUGGAUGCCUCAUUUUUUGUUACUUCCUUUUCUGAGGGGCUGCUGAGAAUGAUUUUUAAAGUGGUGUUAGAAAUACGAACCUCAUCUUACUGCAGGAUGUUUUACUGAACGCAGCAGUUUUGUGGGAAAUCUCACCUCAGCAGAGUAAACGAUUUUUUUGAAAAAAGCAAAGCUUUUAUGCAACCUUGACAGCAGCACACGUGUAAUUCUGUAUAUGUAUAUAUUUAUUUUUCUGCUAAGUGUCUGCAAGUUCUAUUGCAUCUCACUGAUUAGCGUUAUUUAUGCUUUUAGUCCAAACAGUUCGUGAAAGGGGCUGCCUCACAAACGUGUGACAGGUAGACAUUUUUCAGCAAAGAUUUAUAUUUCAAAUUCUGGGGCAUUAAACAUGAUAAAUACUUUUUAAGUUGUCAUUGUCCAUAUAAUGUGAAAUUGUGCAAUGUGUUUUUUUUUAUGUAUGCCAAAGAUUUUGUUUGAGAAAAAAAAAAUGAGUGCCACAUUUUCAUUCUUUGUUUUCUUAUUUCCUCUUUUAAAGAAUGUUUGUUUCCUCAUCAGGUAUUGCGAUAUAUAUACCACCUGUGUUUUUGGAACUCUAAUCUGAAUUUUCGAUACAGCUGUAUUAAUCAGAUAAUUUUUAUUAAAAUCUAAAAACGGCUGUAUUAUUUCUGUACACACCUAAUAAAUGAGGGUUCACGAUUAAACCUUAUGUAUAUUAUUUUCAUACUGAACAGUUUAUGUAUAAACUAUUUUUAAUAAUAUUGUACUUAUGAAGCACAAUGCAUUUUCCGAGAUUCGUGUUUAUUGUAUUUAUGUAUGUAAUUUACAUUGUCAUUUUUCAUUUAAUUACUUCCUAAUUGUAUUGCUUAAUCUUCAUGAAAUUUAAUAAAGAUUUUAUUGAAAAUGAAAAAGCAAAUGAAAAUGUAAGUU